CAGUGCCGAGAGAGCUGCGGGCGCUGCCCGGCAAAGGCGGGGGUCGCGCUGGGGGGGCCGGAAAAUCCCGUCGGGCCGGGGUUUUCCCCGCCGCCCCCGGGGUUGACGCAGCCGGGGCCUCCGGGGGCGGCCCUAAGGGCCAGCGCCCGCCGCCCCGCGCACACUGAGCCCGCGCACCGACCCCAUGGGAGCGGCAGCAGCGCGGGCGGCCCGGGCGCUCCUGCCGGCGGCGCUGCUGGCCCUGGCGCUGGGCCCGGGGCCCGCGGCCGCCUUGCCCUGCCGUGCCGACUGCCCGGCGGGUACCUUCGUGGUAAGCGCAGGCUGCAGGCGGGGCGCGGAGUGUCGGCAGUGCCCGGCUGGCACCUUCUCCAGCGCGGCUGGACGCAGCCGCUGCAAGCUCUGUCGAACGUGCCAAGGAAUAUUCACGUAUUUAAAAGAGUGCUCCUCAAAAAGCGAUGCUGAAUGCACGUGCAAGGAGGGGUAUCGCUGCAGCGGCGACGGCUGCUCCCACUGCGAGCAAAGCUGCGGCGUGGGCCAGGAGCACACGGUGAGGGGUUGUCAGACUUGCCACUAUGGAACUUUUAACAGUCAGCCCAAUGGUUCCUGUAAGAACUGGACAAAAUGUUCUGCGAACCAAGUUCUGGAGUCUGGAACUGCAGCAAAAGAUGUCAUUUGCAAACACGCUUCAGAUAAUCCCACUUCAGUCACUACCCCAUCUACUGUGUCUCCUGCCAUUCCAUUUUCUAUCACUGUGCCAGCCAUUUCCAGUGUUGCAGACUUACCCAGAAGCAGAUUUGGAGACAAAGUUGUCAGCUGGGCUGCUGUGCAUAGUGUUUCUGCUGCCUUUGUGCAUAUGCUUCAGUAUCUGGCAGAAAAAGAAACUACAUGCAGUCUUCAAGAAAAUGCAUGCCACACCUCAAGACUCAAUUCAGGAAGAUGCCUGCAGCUGCCGUUUUCCUGAGGAAGAACAAGGUGAAUAUCAGGAUUGUGGCAAAUCCACAGAAUUCAGAGAUCUUCUGGUGAACUAGGAAUUGGACUGUCAAGGUCAACCACAUUUGAAUUUCCUUUUGGAACACAGAAGAACCACCUGUUCACAUAAAUAGAGAGAAUCUCAGCAUCUGUGCCACUGAGGAAAAAGUGCACCUUUUUCCAUCUCUUAACAAAAUAUAAAUAAAUAAAAAAAAUCUAGUUUGCUGAUUUUAUUUCUCUAGAACUAAGAAUCAUAUUUCUAACAAGUGGUACUUGGUCUAGAUAUAUAAAGAAGUACUGCACUUAAAAGCAGUAAUGGAAGGGCAGAAGGCUUUCUGGUCUCUCUUAAAAAUGGUGUCUAAGCUAUAAUUUACAUGCAGUCUGAAAGCAUUUGAUGCUAAAGAAAGAGAUCUGUAGCACAAAGUCCCAUGUGACGCUUGUGGUCUCUGUUACCAAUACCAGCCAGCCUUUUGAAUCUAGAGCUGCAGCUCCUCCUAAACUUUGGCUCAAACCCAAGUCUUGGGUUUCAUGUGCCAGUACAGAUAGACCUUAUUUCAGCUCCCAUCAACCCUAGAACCAGAUACCUGACCUGACCACUGCACACUUUACAUGUAGGAGAGAGGAAGCCAUAAAAAUCUGGAGCUGCAAAGAACUUCUUAGUAGCUUGGAUCUGUUGUUGUAUUACACUGACUGGCUUAAGAGGCAGUGGAAACACUGAGAAAAGCUGUGGUUGACUUGAUCUUAGAAAUAGAUGUUACUGUGCAGCUGGACUGCACCACCUUCAGUCCUGCAUCAUUCAACUUUGAUCUUUUAGGUGACUUAGACUAAGUAAGUUGCAGACGUGAUAUAUGCAGAUGUGACACGUUUCUGGUACUAUUUUUGUAACUGAGGUUGGAAAGGUUUUAACAACACACUGUAUCUUUCUCUUUGAUAAAUUACUGUUACUUUGGUCUUAAAGAGAAAAAAAGAAAAUGCAUGUUUGAGUCAUGGCAUUUGGAACAUGGUUUUUAACCUUUUCUUCAGUAAAUGUUAUUUAAAAAAUAUGUCAUGUAAAAGGUGAUUUCCCCCCCUUUGUGAUUUCAACUUAAGAGAAUGCUGUUCUUGUGUUGGAAGAAUGACAGCAGAUUGUUUUCACCAAACCAUAAUUUGAUAAACCUGUAUACAAGCAAAUAUAAAACAGUAUGUGAGAAAACAUGUCAUACUGAAGCCUGAAAUGUGAAGUGUGCUUAAAUAAAUCUUUUUAUCCCUA